UAAAAAGCUACUUUAAUGCUGUUUAAAGGGGGAAAGAUUGCAGUGUUUCCGCAGCAGCAGCGGACGGUCCAGCCCACUGCGGCCGAGGAGAGCCUACUUCCGGUCCGCAGAGGGCGACAGGCAGCAGCCAGCCGAGACUGUGGCGGAGGUCCAGACACAAAAGACUGGGUCCUGGUUCUUCUCCAACUCCAAAGCGGUAUGUCGGAUGAGGAUUCUCGUGCCAGCACCAGCUCUUCCUCGUCACCACCUUCGUCCAGCCAGACCAGACAGAGGGACACGUCUUGCAAGAAGAAGCGCGAGAGCAAAGCCAGCAUGAGCAAGACCUCCAAGCUGCUUUCCACCAGCGCCAAAAGGAUUCAGAAAGAGCUGGCUGAUAUCACACUGGACCCUCCGCCAAACUGCAGCGCCGGCCCUAAAGGAGACAACAUCUAUGAGUGGAGGUCCACCAUCUUGGGACCGCCGGGCUCCGUGUACGAGGGAGGCGUCUUCUUCCUGGACAUCGCCUUCACGCCCGACUACCCCUUUAAACCCCCCAAGGUGACGUUCCGCACGAGGAUCUAUCACUGCAACAUCAACAGCCAGGGCGUGAUCUGCCUGGACAUCCUGAAGGACAACUGGAGCCCCGCCCUCACCAUCUCCAAGGUGCUGCUGUCCAUCUGCUCCCUGCUCACAGACUGCAACCCAGCCGACCCUCUGGUUGGAAGCAUCGCCACCCAGUACACGACCAACAGAGCCGAACAUGACCGAACAGCCAAACAGUGGACAAAGCGGUACGCCACAUAAACCAGCAGGGGGCGACGGCAGCGAGAGGAGGAGGCGGGGUGUGAGUUCCUGGUGGUUUGUGUGAGGGCUUUUGUUUGUAUCUCAGAUUUUUAGUACUUUAUUGUCUGGUAUAUUUUUUGCUUCCUGAUUAAGUUAUCUGCGCAAAUAUGGAAAUAAAAACACGAAGGAAAGGA